AUGGCCUGUAUCGGCAAGAAUCUGACUCAGGUUCCCCCCACGAUAGAUGAGAUUACAGUGAAACUGGACCUGAGUAAAAACGAUAUCCAGGUGCUGCCGACCCAUGCGUUCCUGCACAUCCCGCACCUCACGCACCUCACCCUGCAGCGGUGUAACAUCAGAGUGGUGCGUGAGGGGGCCUUCCGCACCCUGGGCCGUCUGGUCUCCCUCAACCUGGCCAACAACAACAUCGAGAUCCUUUACCAGGAGUCUUUUGACGGCCUGUCAUCCCUAAAGCAGCUGACGUUGGACCAUAACCGUGUUGAGGAGAUCCAGCCAGGGGCCUUCACUCAGCUGGGCUUCCUCAACAUGCUGUCCCUCACACAUAACCAGCUGGUCUACAUCCCCAACAUGGCCUUCCGGGGCCUGCACAACAUCAAGUGGCUGCGUCUCAGUCACAACUCCCUCAACAACCUGGCCAUGGAGGCCUUCGCUGGCCUCUUCACCCUCACACGCCUCAGCCUCAACCACAAUGAGCUGCAAUUCUUCCCCACACAGACUAUGACCCGACUGGCUCAAGUCACCCGCCUGGACCUGAGCUACAACCCCAUGACCUACCUGGGUGAGGAUACUGUCUCCAUGCCGAAGCUCACCCACCUCUACCUGGACCACAUGUCCCUACAGGACCUCUCAGACACAGCCAUGUCCCAGGCCCCCCUCCUCUCCCACCUGGACCUCAGCCACAACCAGCUGCGCUACCUGGAGCCCCUCUCUGGCCCCAUGGAGCUAGCCCGCCUCAACCUAACAGGAAACCCCAUCCACUGUAACUGCUACCUGAGGCCCCUGAAGGAGUGGGCCAAGAAAGGGAAGGUGAAGUUGAUGGGGGUCUGCGCGGGUCCCCCUCACCUCUCUGACGAGCCCCUGGAGGGAGUGGGGCCUAUGGAGCUGCGGUGCCGGAGCAGGGAGGACAUGAUAAAGGAGGAGUUUGAAGAGCAGGAGGAGACCAGGGAGCGUGCACUGCCCACAGCCAAGCCUAAGAAGAAGAUCAAGUGCCCUGAUAACUGUGACUGCGAUGUGAAGGCUCAGCACGCCACAUGUGAGAACCGUGGUCACACCAAAGUCCCCUACGGCUUCCCCUCUAAUUCCCAGCUCCUGGACCUGCGCAGCAACCACUUCCAUUACGUCCCUAGCAACAGUUUCCCCGGUACAGACCAGGUGGUCUCUCUGCAUCUGGAGCACUGCAAGGUCCGUGAGAUCGAAGGCGGUUCCUUCCGGGGCAUGAAGGGCCUGGUCUACCUCUACCUGUCUGACAAUGACCUCACCUCCCUGGGCUCAGAGACUUUCAUUGGGGCCCCUGAGCUCACCUACCUCCACCUGGAAGGGAACCAGCUGGCCAUGUUCCCUGGGGCUGCCCUGGCCCCCCUGCCCAGCCUGCUUGUGCUCCACCUGGAGCGGAACACUAUCGGUAAGCUGGAGCGGACAGGCCAGCUCUCCUCAGUCCCCAAGUUGAGAGGACUCUACCUGACCAAUAACACCAUAUCCACUAUAGCCCCCGGCGCUCUCAACUCCGCCCACCUAGAUACUCUUCAUCUGGGGUCCAAUCAGCUUGCUGAGGUGCCUACCGACGGGCUGUCCAAGGCUUCCAGUCUGACCGAGCUCUGCCUCUCUGGAAAUUCCAUUCGUUGGGUCGGACCAAAGGCAUUCCUUCCUGUGUCCAAGAGCCUAAGGCAGCUGUAUAUGGAUGACAUGGGUCUGGAGAAGAUGUCCAGAGACUCCCUGGUGGGGCUGGGCUCUGGGCUGACUACUCUGUCUCUGGGGGGGAACCAGCUGGAGGAGCUGCCUGACCUGAGCCAACUCACUGGGCUGGAGGUCAUCAACCUGGCCCACAACCCCCUGCUAUGUGAUUGCACCCUGCUGCCACUCCGCAGGUGGAUGGAGAAUGUGAGUCUGAAGAUGACAGCCACCUGUGGUCACCCUCCUGAGUUCCGGGGCCAAAGUGUGAGGGAUGUCCAUGUCUUUAAGAGCUGUCCAGGGGAGAGUGCUUCUCCUGGCAAGACCCUCAAAGGAUUCAAGGACACAAAAUCAAUAAAUCCCAAACCCACUCUCCUCAAGGUGACCAUGGCAAAAGCCAAGCCAGGAAAGGCUAAACCCAUGCCAACCAAGCCCAAAGCCAAGCCUCUGAAGAACCCUAAGGCACCAGCAUCCCAAAAAACAAGAAGACUUAUAAAAAGUAGGAAAUCAGUGAUGUAA